GAGCAGAGCAGGUGCCGGAGGGAAACAGGGAUUGGAUUAAAGAGUGAAGACGCUGAACUGAACAGGAGAAAGAGAAGGAAAGAGGGAUGUCCUGACCAAAGAAAUGAAGAGCCAGCAGCUGAAUGAAUGUGAGAUUUUGAGCUUUACUGUCCGAACAUAAGAGGAGGAAGAUUCCUUCCAGGAACCAAAGCAGCAAAACCAAAGGAGAGCAAGCAGAAGACCAAACCCGAGCGAACGGAGGAGCGAAGGACGACAGGAUGAAGCUGGAAGCAUCUCUCGGAGACAUGAGCGAGUGGAGGGAGGUGGACUUUGCCCUCAACUGCACCUACAUUGUCCAUGACCAGGCGUCGGAGCCCAGCUUCAGCCUGCCCAGAGCCAUGACCUCCAUCCCCCGCAACCUCACCUUCCAGUACGGCCCAGACAAUGAGGUGACGGGCGUGUUCAGUAAAGAAUACAUCCCCCAGGGGACGCGCUUCGGACCCCUGCAGGGCAACGUUUACACCAAAGACAGCGUUCCCCCCCAGGCCAACAGGAAAUACUUCUGGAGAAUUUAUUCCAGUGGUCAGCUUCACCACUUCAUAGACGGCUAUGACGUCCAGCGCAGCAACUGGAUGCGCUUCGUCAACCCGGCGCGCUCUCUGGCCGAGCAGAACCUGGUGGCCUGCCAGAACAGCUGCGACAUCUUCUUCUACACCAUCCGGCCUGUGGAGCCCAACCAGGAGCUGCUGGUGUGGUACAGCCCCGAGUUCUCCCAGCGGCUGUGCGGACACGCGCCCUCGCCGCCGGACAGCCUGAAGACCAAGCACAUGGGCGGCGAUCUGAUGGAAGCUGACCUUCAGAAGCAUUACCUACCUCAGUGGACCUGCUGCCCCAAACGGGCACCAAGCCCUCACAGACCCCAGAGCCGGGACGAUGCCAAAAAGGAAGAGAAGGAGGGUCAGGAGGCAGAGGAGAAGGUUGAUGUUGAGGUCAUUGAGAGGGAUACGCCUCCGGACACGCCUGACCAGCAUGUGAUGGACUUCAGUAAGAAGGUUCAGCCUGAGAUGCCCAAAGCAUCUCACCCUGACCUGAGCCCCCAAACCUUCAACAUGCAUCAUGACCUUCCUCUGCAUCUUCACGGCCUCUACGGCUACAGAGAGAGGCCUGUAUCUUACCCUCCUCUGCCCCCUCCAAGGCCUCUACAGCCCCCCUACCAGCUCCUGCCACCUUAUAGCUCACAUUACUCCCGUCUGCUCCUGCCCCCGUACUCCCCUCCUUAUCCCCCUAGAGGACCAUUCCGGUACAGCAAUGUGCUGGGCAAUGACGCUUUGCCCUUUCCACCAGUGACCCAGCCAGGUCUUCUGCCUGUCAGCCUGUCCUAUCCUGCCCCACCUGCUCAUGGUGGCCUGAAGGAGAGACCUCCAAACACCUCCCCUCCCCAGGGUGCCCCGGCCACUCCCGAACUCUCACCCCUGUCCAAGCACUCUUCUCCUGAACCGCAGCUUGUUCCACAGCAGCCCCCAUCAGCCUGCGAAGAGGCCAUCAACCUCAGCCUGGCCGCCGCACCCGGAAACAGGUCUUCAUCUUCAUCUUCAUCACGGCAUGCACCUGGGUACAAGUCCCUCCCCUACCCACUCAAGAAGCAGAAUGGGAAGAUCAAGUACGAGUGCAACAUCUGCUUCAAGACCUUCGGCCAGCUUUCCAACUUGAAGGUGCAUUUGAGGGUACACAACGGAGAGAGGCCAUUCCAGUGUCAGCUGUGCAAGAAGAGCUUCACCCAGCUGGCCCACCUGCAGAAGCACCAUCUCGUCCACACCGGAGAGAAGCCUCAUGAGUGUCAGGUCUGCCACAAGCGCUUCAGCAGCACCAGCAACCUGAAGACGCACCUGCGGCUGCACUCGGGAGAGAAGCCCUACCAGUGCAAGCUGUGCAGCACCAAGUUCACACAGUACAUCCACCUGAAGCUGCACCGCCGCAUGCACGGCUCAGCAUGCGAGCAGGCCCACCGCUGCCCGCUCUGCUGCCAGGCCUUCCUGCACCGCUUCAGUCUGGAGCUGCACCGCCGCUCAGGCGGCUGCCCGGCCACCGCCGCCCGCCCUCAGAGCCCCGAGCUGCGCAAGACGGCCGAGCUGCUUGAGCACUUUGACUCCAGCACUGAGGCCAACGGCCUGGACGAGACCGCGCCGGACGCUGAGGUGGAUGCGGCGCUGGAGAGGUGGCUGGCCAGAAGCCUGGUGGCCAGCCCGAAGGAUGACAGUGGGAUCUUGAAGGCUGUGGCUGCCAGGGGGCAGCAGCAGGAGAGGGCCAGUGUGGUGCAGUUCUGCACCCCACCACGACCCUCGGUGAAGGCUGAAGAAGAGUAGAGGGAGGGAGGGCGUCGAGCCUGGGGGUCCUCUCCAUUCCUGGCCAUUUCUGAAUGUUUAGUCUCUGCCAUGACACAACUGGCCCCUGCUGGAAGGAAGAGCAGCAGGGUACACCUGUGUUUGUCAGGAGAAAAAGAGAUUUUACGGAGUGAAUUUGAUGAAAGGUUUUGUGUUGUGAAAGGAAACUCACUCACAGUGAGGACGGUCACAACGGCAGCCUUGUAAGAGCUGAUCCAGCUAAUCGUGACAUUGGGAAGGUUUUACUGAGACGCAUCAGGUGUGUUGUGGCACAGAAUAGAUGCUGAAAGGCUGGGCAAAUGUUGGGGACCACUGGCUCAGACGUCGCUGAGGACUUUUGACAAUAUUUCCAAAAAUAAAGACUUGAGCAGCCUGUAGUAGUUGAUGCCAAAAAGACGCCCUCUCUGGUGUAGAAAAGGGAAAUGCAGAGAGGAAGGGAAUGAAGAAGAAGAAGAAGAAGAGCAGCACCAAAAACUAAACAGCAUUUCCAAAGACUUUGGCAUGAUGAGUAAUUGCACUUCCACCUUCCGUCCUGCUGCGGAGCGAGAGAGUGACCGGCCGCGUCCUCUGUACUACUCCUUUCUUUUAUUUUUCGCUCUGAGCGGCGAGUCUGUGUGUGAGUCUGUAUUAAUUUAUUACUGUACAUAGCGUUUCUGUUCGACUUUAGCCACGAAUCAAAUGUGUGUUGAUAGCAUUUUUGCUGUCUUUGUAUUUGUGCAUUGUUUUCUGUUCAGUUCACUGAGCUGUUGAAGCUUCCUCUAAAACCACUCUCAGGAAUUCCAAUGAAAUGUUAUUCAGGGUUUGAAGGUCUGUAUAUCAGGGAUUUGUUCCACUCCAAAAUCACGGUCAUGGCCAAAAGCUGGACUCCAAAGCUGUAGCUGUCUGAGAAACGACUCGAGGCACUCUGUGAAUGUGAAUGCUUUAUUUAUGCUCCUGGAUCUGAGAGGCUGAGGCUGCCUGUCACUGUACGGAGCUCAGUGUUCUACUGAUUUACUAUUUAUUGCUGGAAGCUCGCAGCGUUUGUUAGCUCUGUGUGCAUUUGGGUCGUGUAGGGCUGGAUACAUGCAUGCAGAACCGAAGGCCCCAGUAAUCUCAGGUAAAAUCUGCAAAGCUCCUUUCGUUUCUUACCAAAUCCAGAGAUGCACAGCAAGACUUGACGUGUGAGAGGCGUGAGGUCGGCGAUGUUACCGGUUCCUUUAAUGUUGUUUGCUUUGUUUUUUUAAUUUAUUGGAUGUUUAGCACUGGAAAAAGCAGGACCUAGAUCCAUGUGCGAGGUCACUGUUACGUAGCGACAGCGAGGGCUAGUUUACUUGCAUUUUAUUAUGUUUGUAGGAGCUUUUUCCUGUACAGUUUGUUUACUUAAUUAUUUUUGCCUCAGUGAACAAGAUGUUAAUACUUUAUAUGUGAGAGACUAUUUUCAUCAAACUUUUAUAAUGUAGCACAUUAAAUAUAUUCUUUCUCAAA